AUGUCUAUAGAUAACCCCUCUUCUUCUUCUUCCUACGAUUCUACGUUAUCUAUGCACUUGUGUUCAUUACUCUUAAUUCUCUUCAUGUUCAUCUCAUUCUCAUGCUACUCCAAUUACGACUCUAUUCUCAUUGUGUUUCAGGGUUUCAUUGAUCAAAUGAAGUUCCUCUUCAUAGCAUUGAUCUUUCUCCUUAUUCCUUUCCUCUUCUUCUUCUUCAAUGGUCAAAGAACCCCAACCAUGGUGGAUAAGGAGGAGUUGGUUGCUGCAGGAUAUGAUGGGAGUGUUUGGGGAGUUCUUUUGGUUUUAAUCAUUCUCUUGUUUUUCGCUUUCUUGCCACUCUGA